AUGCCAUAUACCGUGAACACUCUAAUACAAGGAGCCCUCUUACUUUCAGCUUUGAGCCAAUUUAUCUCGGUUCCUGUGAAAGAUAUCAAGAAGUACUCCAGAGCUCCAGCUCCAGAGCUUAAGCUCCAUAGCUCCAGCUCCAUAGCUCCAGCUGCAGAGCUUAAGCUCCAUAGCUCCAGCUCCAGAGCUCCAGCUCCAGAGCUCCAGCUCCAGAGCUCCAGCUCCAUAGCUCCAGCUCUAGCGCUCCAGCUCCAGAGCUCCAGCUCCAGAGCUCCAGCUCCAGAGCUCCAGCUCCAGAGCUCCAGCUCCAGAGCUCCAGCUCCAGAGCUCCAGCUCCAGAGCUCCAGGUCCAGAGCUCCAGCUCCAGAGCUCCAGCUCCAGAGCUCCAGCUCCAGAGCCCCAGCUCCAGAGCUCCAGCUCCAGAGCUCCAGCUCCAGAGCCCCAGCUCCAGAGCUCCAGCUCCAGAGCUCCAGCUCCAGAGCUCCAGCUCCAGAGCUCAAGCUCCAUAGCUCAAGCUCCAUAGCUCAAGCUCCAUAG